UUAUGAUUAUUAUUGUAAUGAUGCUGCUGCUGUUGAUAAGAAUAAGAAAGUCGAGAGACAUUCGUUUCAAACAUUUUCUUCUGAAAAGGAUAAAGAUGAUAAUGUUGUUGUUGUUGUUGAAUUGAUGACGAUGCUGUUGUUGUUGAUGAUGGUGAUGGUGGCGGUGAUGGUUUUUGUACGAAAUGUUUAUGAUAACCUUUGUGAUCAUUCCGAUAAAUUUAGUCAUAUAACACGAAAGUAUUUUAACAAAUGAAAAACGCUGCAUACAUCAGUCCAAAAUUCUUUUUUCUUGUUUCUUUCUUAUUAGUUUUUGUUUUGAAGAUUAAAAAAAUAAUGAAAAUUGUAAGUUUUAGACGAAUAAUAAUGUCCAAUGCAACACAGUUCAAAAUUUCGUCGCGAAAUAAACGUCGUGGUAAUUUGUGCACAUAUUUCGAUGACGUCAUAUGACGUUGACGUUAAGAUAACGUCAUCUCAUAGCAACCGCACCAUAGAGCAAAGCUUGAAAGACGCAUUCUUUUACGAAGAAGAAAAUUUUACAUUUACAACGAACACAACAAGAAAUAAUGAGUAGAAUUAGACUGGCAAAUGAAGACAAACAUCAGACAAAUAGUUCAACAGAUAAAACUUUGAACUACGCAGAGGUUUUGAAACCAAUACCUGUGGAAUUAGAAACCUCACCUAUUGGUUCCCUGUCUUCUUCAAGUUUAGGGACACAACACGAUUCACGUGACAUACUUGACAUACAGAAGAUUGCAGACGACAUAGCCGAUGCUAAAAGAGAUAGAAUUUCGAGAUAUAUUGAUGAAGCUGAGAGGAGACAGUAUAUUCCACUUGUAGAAGCUGACUUUGAGGCCAUCAGAGAGACAGAUAGACUUCUUGAACAAGCCUACGACUUGUAUUUUACACCCGGCUUGAGCAAGGACCGCAGAUUAAAAAGAAGGACGAAGGCCAUGAUUGCCCGCCUAGAGAGCAAGCCACAUUUUUACUGCCCAUACGAACGUGAAGAAUCAACCGAAAUCCAUGUCACUCGUUGGUUAAAUGCCUACACUGCAAACCCAGAAGAAGAGUUAUUUGGCUUCACCUCUAGAGAUCCAUAUGAGCCGAAAAGAGUUGUUCCCGAGGUUGCACCAAGAGCCGUUAUCAGUGAUACUAACGUGGUCCUUGGAAAACGCAAGAGAGCAAGAGAUGAUGAGCAAGAUUUAGUCGGCGUGAGCAUGAGCAGUUCUGACUCAAGGUUGUUUUGUGAGCAUGGAAAUAGGCCAAAGAAAGUCAGAAAAUCUCGAUAAAUGUUUUUUUUUAUUGCGCAUUAUUUUUUUUUUCAUUUAUCGAUAAUCAUGUUUAAAAACGAAAUCAUUUUUAAAUAUCUCAAUAAAAUGAGAUUUAACUGCAAAUAUGAGUUGUUAUCAAUGGUAUCAGUAGAUAUACAUGUAGUGUCUAUUUAUGGUUCUAUCUAUACCAUCAAUUGAUAGAGAAAACAAUGACGAG